AUGAAGUACGUUCUCGUGAGCGGUGGUGUCAUCAGCGGGAUCGGGAAGGGCAUCAUUGCGUCGUCGACGGGCCUUCUGCUCAAGACUGUGGGCUUGAAGGUCACGGCCAUCAAAAUCGACCCAUACCUGAACGUGGAUGCAGGAACUAUGGCCCCCACCGAGCAUGGGGAGUGUUUUGUCCUGGACGAUGGCGGCGAGGUCGACCUUGAUCUCGGAAACUACGAGCGAUAUCUCAACGUUACCUUGACCUUCGAGAACAGCAUCACGACUGGGAAAGUGUACCAGCAUGUCAUUGAGCGUGAGAGACGAGGAGACUACCUUGGCAAGACUGUCCAGGUCGUCCCUCACAUCACCAAUGCGAUCCAGGACUGGAUUGAAAGAGUUGCAAGGAUUCCCGUGGAUGAUACAAAGGAACAGCCGGAUGUGUGCAUAAUCGAGCUUGGCGGGACGGUAGGUGACAUCGAAAGUGCCCCUUUCAUCGAGGCUAUGCGGCAGCUGCGGAGAAGAGCAGGUCGCGACAAUUUCUGCCACAUCCAUGUUUCGUUGGUGCCGGUCAUUGGCAGUGAGCAGAAGACGAAGCCCACACAGCAAGCCAUCCGGGAUGCACGCUCACUCGGUCUGGCACCUGACUUGAUUGCCUGCCGUUGCCAGGAACAACUUGUCGAGGCUACGACGAACAAGAUUGCCAUGUUCUGUCAAGUUGAGCCUUCGCAAGUCCUAGCUGUCCACGACGUCGAGUCGACGUACCAUGUGCCACUCCUCCUCGAGCAACAAGGUCUGCCUGACCAGCUCCGCGAGCUCUUCCGUCUCGACGCAUACAAGAUUGCACCUUCGUUGGUCACCAAAGGCCAGCAAAUAUGGGAGGAAUGGAAGCGAUUGACAACCUCUCAAGAUCGCUUCCUGGAGUCGGAGAAAGUCAAUAUCGCCUUGGUCGGCAAAUACACAAACCUUCACGACUCUUAUCUCUCCGUCAUCAAGGCUCUGGAACACAGUGCUAUGGCCUGCCGGCGCAAACUCAAUCUUGUCUGGGUCGACGCAAGCAAUCUCGAAAAAUCCACACUGGAUUCAAAUCCAGAGAAAUACCACAAGGCCUGGCACGAGCUAUGCACGGCCGACGGUGUUCUGGUUCCUGGUGGCUUCGGACAUCGUGGUACUGAAGGGAUGAUCGCAGCUGCCAACUGGGCUCGAACAAAACCUAAGCCAUAUCUCGGAAUUUGUCUGGGCAUGCAAGUCGCUGUCGUCGAGUAUGCCCGCAACAUGUGCGGCCUAAAGUCGGCUCAUUCGGUUGAGCUAGACGCACAGACGCCGGAUCCCGUGGUCGUCUUCAUGCCGGAAAUCGACAAGACGACCAUGGGCGGCAACAUGCGGCUGGGUCUGCGCCCAACGAUCUUCCAGGAGAACACCCAGUGGUCGCGGCUGCGGAAACUGUACAACAGCGAGCCUAGCAUUAACGAGCGGCACCGUCAUCGCUACGAAGUAAACCCCGAGUACAUCACCCGCCUCUCCGAUGCCGGCUUGACAUUCAUCGGCAAGGACGACAAGGGCGAGCGCAUGGAAGUCAUGGAGCUGAAGGACCAUCCGUUCUUUGUGGGUGUCCAGUUCCAUCCCGAGUACCUGAGUCGGGUGCUCCGACCCAGUCCACCUUAUCUGGGCUUUGUGGCCGCGAGCGCGGGAAUGCUGGAGCAGGCAUUCUCUGCCGUCAAGGCCCGGAACGAGUCGCUGAAUGGGAACGGCGAUGGCAUUCACUCGCCCCACGAAAACGGCGUCAAUGGCUCCCUCACCAACGGUAUAAGCCAAAUGUCACUUUCGGCAUCUUCGGGGUUCUAA